CCUCCAAAAUCACACGAACACACACACGCUCUCUCUCUCUCUCUCUCUCUCUCUCUCUCUGAAACUUUGAGAGGGAGCAACAAUGGCGAGCACCGCCGCAACGAUGGGGCUUCUCAAUCUCCUCCCCAAUCCCAUCCCUAUCUCCUCUAAGCUCUCCAAAACCCCAUCGUCGUCGUCGUCGUCGUCGUCGUCGUCGUCGCUCGAUCUCCAUUUCCACCUCUCCGUCGCUCUCCGAUCGCUCUCCGAAUCCCUCCCCCUACCCUCCGCCGCAGCAGCAUCCGCCGCCGCCGCGGCGUUCUCAUUGCCCCUCUUCGUCAAUCCCCAGGACGCGAUGGCGGUGGGAGGGGAGUUCGGGAUCUUGGAGGGGCGCACGCUGGCGCUGGUGCACCCGUUGGUGAUGAGCGGGCUCUUCUUCUACACGCUGUGGGCGGGGUACUUGGGGUGGCAGUGGCGCCGCGUCCGCACCAUCCAGGACGAGAUCAACCAGCUCAAGAAGCAGCAGGUCAAAUCCCCGGCCCCCGCCGCCGCCGCAGUUCCCGCUGGCGCCGCUGCUUCCGAUGCGUCGCCGCCGCCCCCUGCGGAGGUCUCCCCGGUCGAAGCCAAGAUUCAGAAGCUCACCGAGGAGAGGAAGGAGCUGCUGAAGGGAUCGUACAGGGAUCGGCACUAUAAUGCAGGGUCGAUACUGCUGGGAUUCGGAGUGUUCGAGGCAGUGGGAGGGGCAAUAAAUACGUGGUUCCGCACAGGGAAGCUCUUCCCCGGGCCCCACCUCUUCGCUGGAGCUGCUAUCACUGUGCUGUGGGCAGCGGCCGCAGCGCUUGUCCCUGCCAUGCAGAAGGGAAAUGAGACUGCAAGGAAUCUCCACAUUGCAUUGAACACAUUGAACGUCCUGUUGUUCAUAUGGCAGAUCCCAACCGGGUUCGAUAUAGUGCAAAAGGUGUUUGAAUUCACCAAUUGGCCUUAGAUUGAUAGGUACCUCUUCUCUCUCCUUCCGGUUCCUCACACUAUCGUUCUUGUCUUGUGGCAUUGUGUUGUAUUGUGAGUUUCUGUCUCAUUUUUCUGAUUCUUCAAUCUUCACAAAAUAUGCCGAUGUGCAAAAUGCAGUGUAACAGAAAGUAGUAUGAAGUACAUUGUGUAAAAAAUCUUUUGUUUACUCGUUACUGAGCCAACCGGUUAAAAGUAAUUUGAAAUGUGAAAUUGUAAACUUGCAUUGGUUUUGCGA